ACCCUCUAAAAGCCCCGGGGCCGCCCCGCCGGUGCCAUGUCCGCUCCGACCCCCCGCGCCCCCGGUGACUGAACGAGGGCCGAAGAGCACCGGGAUGUCCCGGUGCAACCCGCUCGCCCUCGCCCCGCUCGCCCUGCUCGCCCUCCUGCUGGCCGCCCCGGUUCUGUGCUGCGGGCCGGGCCGGGGCCCGGUGGGGCGGCGGCGGUUCGGACGGCGGCAGCUUUCCCCGUUGCUCUACAAACAGUUCGUGCCCAACGUCCCCGAGCAGACGCUGGGGGCGAGCGGGAGGGCGGAGGGCAAAGUGCUGCGGGGGUCGGAGCGCUUCAGGGAGUUGGUGCCCAACUACAACCCCGACAUCAUCUUCAAGGACGAGGAGAACACGGGGGCGGAUCGCCUCAUGACCGAGCGCUGCAAGGAGCGGGUGAACUCUUUGGCCAUCGCCGUGAUGAACAUGUGGCCGGGGGUGAGGCUGCGGGUGACCGAGGGUUGGGACGAGGACGGCCACCACCUCCCCGACUCGCUGCACUACGAGGGCCGGGCGCUGGACAUCACCACGUCGGAUCGGGAUCGCCACAAGUACGGGAUGCUGGCGCGGCUGGCCGUCGAGGCCGGCUUCGAUUGGGUCUACUACGAGUCCAAAGCGCACGUCCACGUCUCCGUCAGAGCAGAUAACUCCUUGGCCAUCCGCACCGGCGGCUGCUUCCCCGGCCACGCCACGGUGACGCUGCGGAGCGGCGAGCGUCGCGGUUUGGCCGAGCUGCGUCGGGGUGACUGGGUGCUGGGCGCCGAGCCAGGCGGGCGCCUGGUGCCCACCCAAGUGCUGCUCUUCCUGCACCGCGACCUCGGCCAACGCGCGUCCUUCGUGGCCAUCGAGACGGUCUCCCCGGCGCAACGGCUGCUGCUCACCCCGUCCCACCUCGUCUUCGCCGCGCGCGGGCUCGCCAACGGUUCCGCCGCGUUCCUGCCCGUCUUCGCCCAUCGGUUGCGCCCGGGGGACGCCGUCUUGGCCCACGGGGACAAAGGCUUGCGCCCCGCAAAGGUGCUGCGGGUGUCGAGGGAGGAAGGGAUCGGGGUGUUCGCCCCGCUCACCUCCCACGGAACCCUCCUGGUGAACGGGGUGCUGGCAUCCUGCUACGCCGUCUUGGAGAGCCACCGCUGGGCGCAUCGCGCCUUCGCCCCAUUGCGGCUCUUCCACGGGCUCCUCUCGCUGCUGCCCGCCCGCCCCGAGCCGGGGAACGGGACGGUGCCCGAGGUGGGAGUGCAUUGGUACUCGCGGCUGCUGUACCGCCUGGCACGCGGCGCGCUGGGCCGCGAGGGCGCGGGGGGGUAGGGACACCCCCUCCCGGGGACUCACCGCCGGGUGCUCGGUGCUUGGAGCCUGUGGGGCUGCGGGGGGUGAGGAGGGAGCGUGGGGCACCCCCAGCCCCGCAGUGAGGUUGGGUGUUCCCGGGGUGGGUGAGCCUCAUUGGGAGCCCCCAGGUGGGUGUCCCCUGGGUGGCUGCCCCUCAGGUGGGUACUCCUCGAGUGGGUGCCCCUCCUUGGGUGUCCUUCAGGUGUGUCCCCCCCGGGUGUGUGUGUGUCCCCUCCCCCAGGCGUGCACCCCUUGCCCUCAGGCAUCUGUCCCCAGGAUGGGUGCCCCCAGGUGGGUGCUGCUUGGGGUGGCAGCGGGGCAGCACGGUGGACCACAGCUCUGCCCCAUGCCCUGGGGGUGACCCCACAGCACUGCCAGGUGCCCCCCCCGCACCCCCACGCCGCGCUCCCCCCGUAUUUAUUGCUUUAUUAACCACUGUGGAUGAGGCUGGGGUCAUCGCGCCGAGGCCAAAUCCACCCCAGAGUGGGUUCAGUGAACCCACCCCCGCCUGCUGCUGGCACCUGGGGGGGCACCUCUGCCACCCACGGGGGUCCCUGUCCCCACGUGGCUCAGUGCAGUGGGGGACCCCACUCCCGGUGUGUGCCAUGGGCACGG